AUGGCAUUCACCUUCAGGCGUCUUUCGAUGCGAUUCCAUAAGACCCACUCAAUUUUUGGAGGCUUCACAGCAACAUAGAAAUACUGCCAGCCUGCUCUCUCACUCUUCAGCUUUUUCUCCCACAACUAUCCUCUCGCGCAAUAGAUAUCUCGUUCUUUGCCUGCCUUGAAUUAGACAUACCUCUUUUCCGACCUCAAGAUACCCCUUCACAUCCGCAAAGAUGGCUCCCAAUGAGACCUUCGAGUUCCAGGCUGAGAUCUCUCAGCUGCUCUCCCUCAUCAUCAACACCGUCUACUCCAACAAAGAGAUCUUCCUGAGAGAACUGAUCUCCAACUGCUCAGAUGCCCUAGACAAGAUCAGAUAUGAGGCUCUCUCAGAUCCAAGCAAAUUGGACUCUGGCAAAGACCUCAGAAUCGACAUCAUCCCAGACAAGGAGAACAAGACCCUCACCAUUCAAGAUACCGGUAUUGGCAUGACCAAGGCCGAUCUUGUCAACAACCUUGGUACCAUUGCCCGAUCAGGCACCAAGCAGUUCAUGGAAGCCUUGACUGCCGGUGCUGAUAUUUCCAUGAUUGGUCAAUUCGGUGUCGGUUUCUACUCUGCAUACCUUGUCGCAGACAAAGUCACUGUCAUCUCAAAGAGCAACGAUGACGAACAGUACAUCUGGGAGUCCAGCGCCGGUGGUACCUUCACCAUCACUCAAGACACCGAGGGUGAGCCUCUUGGUCGUGGUACCAAGAUGAUCCUUCACCUCAAGGACGAACAGACCGACUACCUGAACGAGUCCAAGAUCAAGGAAGUCGUAAAGAAACACUCCGAAUUCAUCUCCUACCCCAUCUACCUUCACGUUCUCAAGGAGACCGAGAAGGAGGUUCCUGACGAGGAUGCCGAGGAAGUCAAGGAAGAUGACGACGAGAAGAAGCCCAAGAUUGAAGAGGUGGAUGAUGACGAAGAGGAGAAGAAGCCAAAGACAAAGAAGAUCAAGGAGUCCAAGAUUGAAGAGGAAGAGCUCAACAAGACCAAGCCAAUCUGGACCCGCAACCCCUCCGACAUCACCCAAGAGGAAUACGCUUCCUUCUACAAGUCCCUCUCCAACGAUUGGGAGGACCACUUGGCCGUCAAGCACUUCUCCGUUGAAGGUCAGCUCGAGUUCCGUGCCAUCCUCUUCGUUCCCAAGCGUGCUCCUUUCGAUCUCUUCGAGACCAAGAAGACCAAGAACAACAUCAAGCUGUACGUCCGACGUGUCUUCAUCACUGAUGAUGCGACCGACUUGAUCCCUGAGUGGCUUGGCUUCAUCAAGGGUGUCGUUGACUCUGAGGAUCUUCCUCUGAACUUGUCUCGUGAGACUCUCCAGCAGAACAAGAUCAUGAAGGUCAUCAAGAAGAACAUCGUCAAGAAGUGCCUGGAGCUCUUCAAUGAAAUCGCCGAGGACCGCGAGCAAUUCGACAAGUUCUACUCUGCUUUCAGCAAGAACAUCAAGCUCGGUAUCCACGAGGAUUCUCAGAACCGCCAGUCCCUUGCCAAGCUCCUCCGCUUUAACUCCACCAAGUCUGGCGAGGAUACCACCUCUUUGACCGACUACAUCACUCGUAUGCAAGAGCACCAGAAGCAAAUCUACUACAUCACUGGCGAGUCCAUCAAGGCCGUCUCCAAGUCUCCCUUCCUUGACACUCUCAAGGAGAAGAACUUCGAAGUCUUGUUCUUGGUUGACCCCAUCGAUGAAUAUGCCAUGACUCAGCUCAAGGAGUUCGACGGCAAGAAGCUUGUCGAUAUCACCAAGGACUUCGAGCUCGAGGAGACCGAUGAGGAGAAGAAGGAGCGUGAGCAGGAAGAGAAGGAGUACGAAGGCCUCGCCAAGAGCCUGAAGAACAUCCUCGGUGACAAGGUCGAGAAGGUCGUUGUGUCACACAAGCUCAUUGGCUCUCCUUGCGCCAUCCGUACCGGCCAGUUCGGUUGGUCUGCCAACAUGGAACGUAUCAUGAAGGCACAAGCCCUGCGUGACACUUCGAUGUCCUCCUACAUGUCUUCCAAGAAGACGUUUGAAAUCUCGCCCAAGUCUGCCAUCAUCCGAGAGCUCAAGAAGAAGGUUGAGGCUGAUGGUGAGAACGACCGCACUGUCAAGUCCAUCACUCAACUCCUGUUCGAGACCUCUCUCCUCGUUUCCGGAUUCACCAUCGACGAGCCAGCCUCGUUCGCCGAGCGUAUCCACAAGCUCGUGUCUCUUGGCUUGAACGUCGACGAGGAGGCCGAGACUUCUGAGGAGAAGGCUGCCGAGGAGGCUCCUGCUGGUGAAGCCACUGGUGAGAGCGCCAUGGAAGAGGUCGACUAAACAUCUCGCCACAUCUGAAACGUGUGAUGUUUCAAUUUGACACGCUUCCUUUCCGCCGCUGGUCACAUUGUAUCAUCUUCGAAAGUCGAAAAAGGGCGUUUUUUUAAGGUGUUUUGUGGUGAUGAUCUCUCUCUCUUCAUCAGCGAUAUCCCCGGACAUGGAUAAAUGGUUUUUUUCUUCGUGAAAGACGGACAUGAUGAACAAAAAAGAACACGCGAAGCGACAACGGCGGGGAUGAAUGAAAUGCGCUUAAGCUAUGGCAGUUUUUUCAGUACUCGUAGCAAAGAAAGGAGAGCAUCAGUAGUUUAGUUAUCCUCUUUUUGUCCUUCUUAGGAGGGAGGGGGCUUCUUCUACUACUUGUACUCCGUAUGUAAUUCUCAAUCAAAUUGCGAUUCCAAGCAAAAA